AUGGGCUCCUCCAAGAAAUCUCCCUUCAGUGGGCAUCAUUCUAAUUACAAAUCCUUCACUCACCAUUUUGAUUCCUUUUUUGUUAUCAAGCGAGUAUCCGAUAAAAACGAUACAUUUAACUCUGUUUCACCUUUUUUGGUCCAAAAAGCAAUAUCGGCGACAGUCGGCGAGGUUGCAUCAAUCCGCAAAAUGCGUUCAGGCGAUUUGCUGGUUGAAGUAUGCUCUAAAAAGCAAGCCCAGCAAAUCAUUAAACUAAAAGCAUUGGCCACAAUACCAGUUACAGUCUGUUCACAUGCAUCGCUAAACUAUUCGAAAGGGGUAAUAACAUGCGGAGAACUGUUUAAUGUACCUAUAGAAGAGAUAACGAAAGAACUAUCGUCGCAGGGAGUGACACAUGUACGCCAGAUAACAAUUAGGCGGGAUGGACAACUCCUCCCAACAAAGCAUUUUAUUCUAACAUUCCAUAGCCAUCAGUUACCUGAAUAUAUAUGUGCUGGCUAUAUAAAAUUACCUGUACGCCCGUAUAUCCCCAAUCCAUUGAGAUGCUUUCAAUGCCAGCGUUUUGGGCAUUCGAAAACUAACUGCCGCGGGACUAUCACUUGUGCCCGCUGCGCAGAAAAAGGCCACGAUUGUCAGCAGUGCACUGCUUCAGAAAAGUGCACAAACUGCAAUGGCAACCACACAUCAUAUUCUCGUUUAUGCGAACGCUGGCAACUGGAAAAACGAAUAGUUGCAACUAAAAUAAAAGAAAAUAUUUCAUACCCAGAAGCCAGACGGAAAGUUUUGGCCCAGACUCCUAAACCUGGUCUUAGCUAUGCAUCUGCGGUCCAAAAGUCCUUCUGUGAAAACUGUUCCUGCCCAAAUUGCUCAAAACACACUUCCCAUAAAAAACCUCCUGAAAAAGCAUCUGAUUCAGAAACAGAAAAUUCAACUACCAGUGCUCCUGAGCCUGUCAAAUCAAAAACUUCCAAACAAAAACCGAAACCUAAUAAAUCUCGGAAGCUAAAACUUUCUAAACGUGGCCUAUCUGAAAAAGACCUUUCUCCAAAAUUAAAAAAAUCAAUUUUCAAAAAUUCACUCGCUCUUGGUCUUGCUAAUCGGGGCAUAGUCCACAAGGACUUAAUCUCAAUUUUUGGUGGAACGUCCAAAAGCCCUGAGCUCAUAUCACUUCAUCCAUCAGAAGAAGAGGAUGACGAUUUAAAAAUGAGUUGCGAAAUCUCGCAACCCCUUAACACUGUUCCAAAUUUUUCUGCAACAAGAACCUCUUAA